GGAGCCACCGCGGUGGCCAGCGAACGAGCGAGCGACGCGACGGCACUAUAUGGCAGGGAAGUCGCUGGCGUCCCGGCUGUGAGCUCUCAGAGGAAAGCAAGGAGCGACAUGAGGGCUCCCCGGUGAGGAGGAGCAACCUGCAUCGGAGUGGGACGCGCACAACCGCCACGGCUUAUCUUCUUCCCUAAAGAACCGCGGACGAGGGUCCUGUGAAGCAGUGAUUGGCCCAAAGCUGAGCAAGGGCUUGAAGGCAAUUUCAGCAUUUGAAAAAUAUUUUAAAAACAUGGACAGCCAUAAAUACAGUUAUUCAAGGGAAUUUUAUGAUCGAUAUGCUCAAGGCCAAGAUAAAUCUGUAGUAAAUAAAAUGCAGCAGAAAUACUGGAAAACAAAACAAACUCUUAUCAAAGUCACUGGAAAAAAAGAGGAUGAGCAUGUAGUGGCCUCAGAUGCAGAUCUGGAUGCUAAACUGGAACUGUUCCAUUCAAUUCAAAGAACUUGUAUGGAUUUACUUAAAGCAAUUGAACAUUAUCAAAAAAGGAUUUGUUUUCUAUCUCAGGAAGAAAAUGAAUUGGGAAAAUUUCUCCGAUCUCAGGGUUCUCAGGAUAAAACAAGAGCAGGCAAGAUGAUGCAAGCUACCGGAAAGGCACUCUGUUUUUCUUCUCAACAAAGACUAGCAUUACGCACUCCUUUGUGCAGACUGUACCAAGAAGUGGAGACAUUUAGAUACAGAGCUAUUUCUGAUACAUGGUUGACAGUCAACCGAAUGGAACAAUGUCGGACUGAAUACCGAGGAGCUCUGUUAUGGAUGAAAGAUGUUUCUCAAGAACUGGAUCCUGAUCUUUACAAGCAAAUGGAAAAAUUUAGGAAGGUCCAAGCACAAGUCCGUCAUACAAAAUUAAAUUUUGACAAAUUGAAAACUGAUGUCUGUCAGAAAGUGGAUCUUCUUGGAGCAAGUAGAUGUAAUCUUCUGUCUCACGUCCUUACAACAUACCAGACAACUCUUCUUCAUUUUUGGGAAAAAACAUCUCAUACCAUGGCAGCUAUCCAUGAAAGUUUCAAAGGUUAUCAGCCAUACCAAUUCACUAUGUUGAAGAAUUUACAAGAACCUGUAAAUAAAUUAUUGGAAAAUGAAGAAAAGGAGGAGGAACUGCACCAUACCAAAUCAGAGGACGAUCAACAGAGUCAGUUGAUAUCGUUAGAUGAUGAAAGCAAUACCAAGGAAACAGCCAACUCAGAAAACAUUUUGGUUACAGCAGAAGAUGCUAAUGACAUGCUGAGUACUUUUGGAGAGAACUUCAACCACAGAGAAAAUUCAGAAGUUAUGGAUCACUUAUUAGAGUUGAAGCAUGGAGAAAAUGCAGUAUCAAAGGACCAGCUUGUGAGCACCCUAGAACCUGAACCUACUGAUAAGAAUGACAUGGUAUUAUUGAAUGAGAUUCUCAAUGCAUCUUCUUUGGAUGAUGGUGAAUUCAGCAGGGAAUGGGUAGCUGUCUUUGGAGAGGUUACCCUUGCUGAGACAGGGGCAAGCUCUUCUGUGGGAGAAAUGGAGAGCAAUCAAUCAUCAUCAUCAGGCUUCCUUCCUUCUCAGCUUUUAGACCAAAACAUGAAUAAUUUGCAACGUUCUCUUCAAGGUUGGGCAGCCAGCAGCAUUAACCCAUCACCUGUAGUGCAGACAGGACAGAAAUCCAACAGCUUCAACCCAGACGUCAAUAAGACACCAAUGAAAGAAGCUGGAAGUUCUUCUAAAGAUCUAACAGCUUGGUUUAGCCUCUUUGCUGAUCUGGACCCUUUGUCCAACCCAGAUGCUGUUGGGAAAACAGAUAAAGAACAUGAAUUGCUCAAUGCAUGAGUUGUCUGCCUAUGGUAAAUCUCUAUUCACCAAUCAUUAACACUAUCUUGGGGGUUUAAGAAAAUUUAAAACUGAACCAAUGUGUUGUUGUACAACUUCUCACUUUUGUGCCAUUCUAAUAAAAUCACAGGAUUGACCUUU